AUGGAGCCUAAAGAUUUCGAGUUAGUGUCUCCACCUUCUGAUGGCAUUAGUGCACUUGCAUUCAACCCGGCUGGCAAUGGCGAUUUUCUUGCGGUUUCGUCCUGGGAUCAACAGAUUCGAAUUUAUGAAGUACAACCGAGUGGAAAUACAGUUCCAAAAGUUGCGUACGCUCAUGAAGCACCUGCACUCUGUGUAGGCUGGAGUAAGGACGGAACAAGAGUCGUUUCUGGUGGUGCAGAUAAGGCAGUGCGGAUGAUGGAUUUGAGUACAGGUCAAUCGACACAGAUUGGUGCACAUGGUGAUACUGUGAAAUGUAUCAAGUUUCUCGAUCAAGGUCAAGAAAUUCUGGCAACAGGAAGUUGGGACAAGACCAUCAAAUAUUGGGAUCUACGAUCACCUCAACCUAUAGGCACUCUACAGCUACCUGAACGUGUCUAUUCAAUGGAUGCUGCAAGCAACUUGCUGGUGGCGGCUACGGCGGAUCGACAUAUAGCAGUGGUGAAUUUGAGUAAUCCUACGGCGAUCUUCAAACAAGGCAUAUCCCCCCUCAAAUGGCAGACACGUGUCAUAUCGUGUUUCAUUGAUGGCAAGGGGUACGCCAUUGGAUCUAUCGAAGGACGUGUAGGCAUCCAAUAUGUGGAUCCAGCAGAAGAAUCAAAGGGCUUUUCAUUCAAAUGCCAUCGUGAUGAACAAAAGAAUAUCCACUCGGUAAAUGCGAUCUCCUUCCACCCCACGUACGGUACCUUUUCAACAGCUGGCAGUGACGGUACCUUCAGUUUCUGGGAUAAGGAUUCCAAGCAACGCCUCAAAUCAUUUUCAAACAAGGGUGGUCCCAUUGCAGCUACUGCUUUUAACAGAAACGGAAGCAUAUUUGCAUAUGCUGUAAGCUAUGAUUGGACAAAGGGAUACAAGUUUGCAACACCCAAUCAACAACAAAAGAUCUUCCUUCAUGCUACCAAAGACGAGGAUGUGAAGCCCAAGUUACGACGUUAA